AUGGUCACGAGGACGGACCUGGGAACAGCGGGAGGAGCAGUGGCGUCAACUUGUCUCGCAGCUAGGACGGAUCUAAAAAGUCUCAGGGUUUUUACGCCGGCCAAGAUAUCGACGGUCUCAGGUUCCACUACAUUUUGGUAUGCGGCAGCACGACCGGCUACGUCGUCGCUUCGCGCCCGACCAAGGAAUAGCAGGAAUAAUAAGGUUAUUGCCGACGCUGCUGGUGCUCGAGGCGAAUCGGACGCCCCUGAGGGCUUCCGUGCUGCCUACAACGACCAGGCCGGGAGCCUGGAGCUGCGAGACUGGUCCUGGGAAUGCGUCAGGCCCUCUAUGUUCUCGCAGGCAGGCAUUCCCAGCGUGCUGCAGACAACCUCACAGCUCCCCAGCUCCCUCGACGUCGCCGUCCACGCGGUCCUACAGCUCGAGGAUGACCGCUCUUCAACGCGGGCCACGGGGCCGUAUUCAUGUGCGACAGCCUCAACGAGCUCGAGGCCUCGGUCAUGGUCUCACAGGGGCGCGCCAAUCGCGGCGUCGGCGCCGCCGGCCUGCGCCGCGUGCGCAACCCACCCUGCUCGCCCGCCCCUCGUCGAGCCCUCGUACUUCUUCACACAGAAGCGGUGGGACGAGCACGUUACGGCGCUGGAGCGCGAGAAGGCGUCCGGCGGCCGAGCCCGCGACCUGGUCAGCGACCGAGUACCCGCCGCAGGGCACGGAGGGGAGGGCUUUCCUUUGCCGAACCGUGACAGUGGGCGCCGUGACGUUCGACUCGGACGGCAUGCUGUGCGCGCCACCAGCACCGGCGGCCUGACCAACAAGCUGACGGGCCGCAUCGGCGACACGCCCGUGCCGGAGCCGGGUUUCAGGCUGAGGAGUGGGAGGAGCGCGGCGAUAGAUUCUGCAAAGGAGGUCUUGCAGUCUUAA